CUUGUUUCACCGAGAUGGUUGGCAUUUCAUGGCUAGUUUUCAGGGGAUGACAUCAUGAGCUGAGAUACUGAGAUUUUGUUCUAUCAAUAACAUUGGUGUAUAACGUACACCCAACACCUUCAGCCUUGAAUAUAAAAUAACUCAACACAAGUCCUUUUUUGUUGGUGGGGAGGAGGGGUUUGCAUAAAAUAGUUUUCUUUUUGUAUGGGCACUCAACAUAAGAGUUUCCGUGCUAUGCAGUUGUCUUAUGGCCUCCUUCUGCUACUCCAAUGUUAUACCCAUUGCCAAUACAUGGUGAGGCCUCAAACCAUAGUUCUGUUGCUUUAGAAAACCCUAAUUUUUCAACUUAUCCAAGAGCAAAAUGUGCAAUGGAGCACUCGCAGAAGGUUGUUCUUCAUGCUAGUGAUGCACUUUUAUUCCUGAAGGCUGGGCAGGACCAAGUGCUACAUAAGACCACUUCUACUAUAAUGGGGGACAUGAAGAGGCAUAUAUGUGAGCUGCCUAGUAUUGAAAAAGCAGAUCAUCGUGGCAAUGAUUUGGAUCAGGCUUGUGAGGAAGCAAAUUCAAAAGAAAAAGAAGUGCAGCAGAAGAAUCUGUUGCAGGACCUAGAACCCAUUGCUCUUCAGGUGCUUCAUGAAAUUGUUUCUCUGGUUCAUGACUAUAUUAACAUUUCUGAUCACAGCCAACUACUGCAAUCGACUCUGAUAGAUGAUUCUGCUGCUAGAGUGAAAGGUUUUGAACAGCAGCCAAAGAAAUUUUUAAAUCCUAAGAUACUUCUCUUAAACAUCAAGUUGGAACUGAAAUCUGAGAAAGAAAAUGCUGAGAUAAGACUUUCAAAUCCUUCACAAUAUCAGUCAAUAGUUGAUGCUGAAUGGAAUAUCAUAUAUGACAAGUUGGACAAAUGUGUACAAAGUGGGGCGAAAGUUGUUCUUUCAAGGCUGGCUAUUGGUGAUCUAGCCACACAGGAAGCCCUUGAUGAUAUUGAGUUUGUAAGGAGCCCUUGAUGAUCAAAUUUGGUGCUAGAGCGACUAUAGGAGAUGGAAGGAUUGCUUCUUUCAAGUGGCAGGCACCUAUAGUUAGUAGAUUCUCUGCAAGGGGACCAGAUUUCAUUGACAAAGACAAAAAUCUUGCUGAUAUACUUAAGCCUGAUAUUCUUGCUCCAGGGCACCAAGUUUGGGCAGCUUGGAGCCCCAUUAGUGCUUUAGAACCCACAUUAAAGGGAUACAAUUUUGCACUAUUGUCUGGUACCAGUAUGGCAACACCCCAUAUUGCAGGAAUAGCUACACUCAUCAAGCAAUAUAAUCCUUUGUGGACUCCAUCAAUGAUAGCUUCUACAAUUUCAACCACAACCAACAAGUAUGACAUUAAUGGAGAACAUAUAAUGGCAGAAGGAUCAGAUAUAAUGGAGAACAUAUAGUAGUUGACUCCCUUUUUUUAUUUAUAAAAUUUUGUAAAUUUAAUUAUGUUGUAGCAAAAGACAUAAAAGUGUAGUGUGGUGAGCGUGCUGGAGUGUAACAUAUUUCCAAGGCUUGAAAGCAAUGCCAUUAGAUAAAUGCUUUCAACUUAUCAUUACAUUUAUUAAUGAUUGCAUAGUU